AUGACUGCUCGCGAUCAAAUUCGAGCUAUGUUAGAUCAGUUAAUGGGAACUGAUAAUGGUUCAGCUAAAUCAACUAUGUCAUUUGAAGAUCGUCGAGUAUGUCGACCAUUUUUAUUAAAUUGUUGUCCACAUGAAGUACUUACUGGAACUCGUGUUGAUAUGGGUGAAUGUACAAAAGUUCAUGAAUAUGCUUUACGUGCUGAUUAUGAACGAGCAGCAGCUACACGUGAUUUAUAUUAUGAAAUGGAUGCUUUAGAAAUAUUAAAUAAGUUUGUUGCUGAAUGUGAUCGAAAAACUGAACAUGCUAAACGAAAACUUCAUGAAACACAAGAAGAAUUAGGAGAAGAAGCUGCAAGAAAAAUGAAUUCUAUUCAUGAACUUGGCGAACAAAUUGGUACAAAAUUAGCUAGAGCUGAAGAAUUAGGUGCACAAGGUUUAGUUGAAGAAUCAAUGAAAUUAUUAGAAGAAGUUGAAGAAUUAAGAAAAUCUAAAUCAGAAUCAGAACAAGAAUUUCGUUCAACAAUGCCAGCAUCAACAUAUCAACAACAAAAAUUACGUGUAUGUGAAGUUUGUUCAGCUUAUUUAGGCAUACAUGACAAUGAUCGUCGAUUAGCUGAUCAUUUUGGUGGAAAAUUACAUUUGGGUUUUAUACAAAUACGUGAGAAAUUAGCUGAUUUAAAAAAACGUGUUACUGAAUUAAAUGAAAAACAUGAACUUGAUAGAAAAAAUCGUCGAAAUUCACCUGUACCAUCGUCAUCAUCAUCAUCAAGAAAUAAUCGAAGAGACAAUGAUAGAGAUAGAAAUAAUUAUCGUUCAUCAUAUCGCAGUCGAAGUGGUAGUCGAUCAAAAAAAGUUUCGAGUAGAGAUAAGGAACCACGAAGAUCACCAGCAAGAUCAGAUCGUCGUUCAUCAAAAUAUUCGCAUAGUCAUCGUUCAUCACCUUCGCCUUCACAUAGUCGAAGACAUAGUAAACGUUCUCGCUCACGUUCUAAUUCAUCUCGUCGUCAUCGUCGUUCACGUUCUCGUUCUCAUUCUCGAACAUCAUCAUCUCGACAUCAUCGUCAUCGACAUAAUUCAAAAUCACCUGUACAUUCACCAUCGAAUUCGAAACAAAAUGGUAAUGAUGAUAUUCAACGUAACGAUAAACCUAAUAAUGAUGUUUCAUCAAGUCAUAUUAAUGAUAAUAAUGAUCACGAUGAUGAAGAAACAACACGUAUUCUUGAAAAUAUUCAACGAAAGUUCGAUUUUGAAUUUCGUCUUACCUGUUAUUUAAUUCUUUGGUUAUCAUUUACUUUUAUUAUACUUAUUCUUGCUUGGUAUCGGUACGGUUAUAGUAUUAGUCAACAAUUAUCUAAAACAAUAUCAAAUUCUGAAUUACACGGUCGAUCACGAUCGCAUAAUUCAUUGAAUAUAAUACCGACAAAUUCGAUAGGUACCACCGCCGUUGCUCCUUCAAAAAAAUUUGAAUAA